CAUAUAGUCCCACAAUCCAACGCAUCGACCACCACGUGAAAGUUACACGUGGACGCAAGCGCACCAUGCACGUAACCUGGCGUCUCCACGGCCGCACGCAGCUACGGCGCGCAAAAGAAAAGAAGCCGCAAAACAAACUAAGUGAUUCGUUUGAGUACAAAAUCCAUAAAUCCGACGGUCCCCGUGGUUCCUCAUCUGUCAUUAUUACUCGCCGUCUGCACCGUCCGUACGGUCACCGUAACCGCCGUGGUGACCGCAUCCCAUCCCCCGCCGACCAUCCGCGCUCUUUCUCGCACCCUCGAGAGAAACCUUAGGUUCCCGUUUCCCAAAAUUGGCAGCCAUGGCUUGCUUCCAGCUCGCCGGACCUGGCCUCUCGCCGGCCAUCGCCCUCCGGACCGGCCGCGUGCCCUGCCGCCUUUCCGGCCACGGUGCCCUUACCCUCCGCUGUCGCCUCCAGGAGAACGACAGCGACUCUAAUGGGGAGGAGCCGCCGGAGUCUCUUUUCAUGAAGGAGCUGAGGAGGAGAGGGAUGACGCCAACGUCGUUGUUGGAGGAGAGCAACAGGGAGUCUUCGUACGAAUUGGGGGAGGAGGAGAGUGGCGCCAGCGGGAGGAGCAGGGGUCAGAUGAAGAGGAACGGGGUGGCAUCGGUGGAGUUCGAGAAAGAGAUAUCAGACCAGAGGAAGCGUUCCAUGGCGUUGAACAGCGAGGGCAUUAAGGGUUUGAUUCCACGGGCAAAACUGCUUCUAAGUAUUGGAGGCACGUUCUUUUUGGGUUUUCAGCCUCUGAUUCUGAUUACUAUCACACUUUUUGCAGCACUUUACUAUUACUUUGGGCCAAGUUUUGUGCACGAUGCCAGCAAGAUGCCAGUAUCACCACCGUAUAUAGAUCCAUAUACACUUCUGGAAGACGAAAGUCUAUCUCAAGUGGCUCCACAUGUGAACUGAAAGUGCAUUAAUAUGCUUCGAAAAUGUCAAACAAAAUUCUUCAAAUAGGCCUGUAAUAUUCUUUCACUGUUUGUAAAUUUGAAUAUUCUAGCUAUAGACUGGAACUUGUUGUUACUGCUCAUGAUCGAUGCUUCUUGCAAGUGGCCCACUUGAUCUUUUUUGUUAACAAGUCCGGGCUCUAAAGUUCUUCUGCAAUUUAAAACAGAUUGUUUUUGAAUAA